GCCAGACAUUGAACAUGGACAUGUGGCAGCCCAGUUCUAUGUGGGACUAUCCUCUCUUGUUAGCGACGUCUAUGGUGUCACUUCGGAUGCUCAAUUUCUCCAGACAUUACAGGACAACGUACGGAAGAGAGGAGCACCAUCCAAACUUGUGAGCGAUCGGGCGCAAGCACAAGUUUCCAAAGCAGUGAAAGACUACCUCCGUUGGCUAUGCAUUGAUGACUGGCAAAGCGAACCGCAUCGCCAGAACCAGAACCCAGCUGAACGAAGAUACCAAGAUGUUAAACGAUUAGCCAACAGGAUUUUGGACCGCACCGGUGCACCUCCUAGUCUAUGGCUCCUAGCCCUUCGCUAUGCAUCCUUUGUCUACAACUAUACUGCUGUCAAGGGUCUUGGAUGGAUGACUCCGAUCCAAGCGCUGACCGGUAUCACCCCAGAUGUUAGUGUACUCCUCCGUUUCCACUUUUAUGAAAAGGUAUACUAUAAAACAGAAGAACCGGCCUUCCCUUCUGACUCUCCGGAGUCCCUUGGUUACAUGGUAGGCAUUGCCGAGCACGUUGGUCAUGCCAUGACCUACAAGAUCCUGAACCCAGAAAUGAAUAAAAUAUUGUUUCGUUCGGAAAUCCGCUCUGCUUCAACCGACACUGAUGCCAACAAACGUCUUCAUACAUCUGAUGGGGAGGACUUGUCAACCCCUACAAUAAUCAAAUCCAGAAACGACAAAUCUAAAGUUCAAACCGUUGUUUAUUCCAGUGACGACGAAUCAGAUUCUGAAGACGUUCUUGUGGAAAACAGUGACCUCAUUGGUCGAACAUUCCUUCUUAAACCAGAUAAAGAAGGCUAUGUCAGAUGUGCUGAGAUUGUUGAGCUUAUCGACAAGCAUGAGCACAACACGACCAACAAGCCUGAACAUAUUCGUUUUCGCGUGAGCAUUAACAAAGUGAAUAUGAUGAUAUCAUGGCAUACAAUGAGAUCCUAG